UAGUAGACGGAAAACACCGUCAGUCCGAUAUUAGGGCGUUUCUUUCAAUUCCAGAAAGCAGCACCAAUGGCACCUCUGAGAAACACAGGUGGUGCUAUUGUUGCAGCAGCAAUAUCCAUGGCCGCCAUUCUCACCUACUUGUUACAAAACCCUCGACCAAAGUAUUAUUAUUCAGUCGGAAAAUUUUUAUCAUCGAAGAAGAAGAAAUCAAGAAAUGGUGGACUCAUAGAUGCCAUUGGGAACACUCCUUUAAUCAGAAUCAACAGCCUUUCUGAAGCUACUGGAUGCGAAAUUCUUGCAAAAGCUGAGUUUUUGAAUCCUGGGGGAAGCGUGAAAGAUAGAGUAGCAGUGAAAAUCAUUGAAGAGGCUCUUGAUUCUGGAGAGCUUGUACGAGGAGGAGUUGUUACCGAGGGCUCUGCUGGUAGCACUGCUAUAAGUCUUGCAACUGUGGCUCCUGCUUAUGGGUGCAAAUGCCAUGUGGUUAUUCCAGAUGAUGCUGCUAUUGAGAAGGCUCAAAUAUUGGAAGCUCUAGGUGCUACCGUUGAAAGAGUGAGACCUGUAUCAAUUACGCACAAAGACCACUUCGUCAAUAUUGCAAGGAGAAGAGCAAAGGAAGCCAAAGAAUUGGCAUUAAAACAGACAAAAAUUGAUCAACUUGAUGCUGAAGACUCGGAGAAAACCAGUAAUCACAUAUUACAAGGCGAUCAGUCUGUUUUCCCUGAUGAUUGUAAAGGGGGUUUCUUUGCUGAUCAAUUUGAAAACCUUGCCAACUUUCGGGCUCACUAUGAAGGAACUGGGCCAGAGAUCUGGGAACAAACAAGUGGCGAAUUGGAUGCCUUCGUGGCAGCUGCAGGUACUGGUGGCACUGUUGCUGGCGUUUCCCUGUUUCUUCAGGAAAAGAAUCCAAAAAUUAAGAGCUUUCUUGUUGAUCCUCCUGGUUCCGGACUGUUCAAUAAAGUAACAAGGGGAGUAAUGUAUACCCAUGAGGAGGCUGAGGGCCGAAGAUUAAAGAACCCAUUUGACACCAUAACCGAAGGAGUUGGAAUCAACCGUCUGACGAAGAAUUUUAUGAUGGCAAAACUUGAUGGAGCUUUUCGAUGUACAGAUAUGGAAGCAAUUGAAAUGUCUAGGUUUCUUUUGAAGAAUGAUGGAUUAUUCGUUGGAAGUUCUUCAGCCUUGAACUGUGUUGGAGCUGUUAAAGCUGCAAAGAAAAUGGGUCCUGGUCACACAAUCGUGACGAUUUUAUGUGAUAGUGGGAUGAGGCAUUUGAGUAAAUUUUAUAAUGCUCAGUAUCUCUCUCAGUAUGGUUUGACACCCUCUGCUACUGGAUUGGAUUUCAUGUGUGUUAGCUGAUUUCUUCAACAUAGGCAGAGAUUAUUUUUUUCACUUGAAGUUUGCUUUCAUGUACAAUCUUCAUUGGCACUUCCCAGAUCAAUGAAGUCGAACCUUUUUGUUAAAGAUGUACCAAUUAUAGAGGUGAAAAUUAGGAAGACAGACGCAUACUAAUUAUAGAGAAUACUUGAUACUAACUCAUUGUAUUUCUCUGUUUAAGCAUUCAGCCACCGCAGUAU